AUGGCCGUGGUCCAGCUCGAGGCGGAGGACCGCCAGCCGGAGAACGGCUUCGUGUCCCCCGACACCACGUCGCCGGGGCUGCUGUCGCGCGUCGACGGUUGCGUGCUGCCCUUCCUCGGGGGGUUCGGGAGGUACCAGAGACGGCUGGUGGUCCUGACGUGGAUCCCGGUGCUGUUCAUCGGCUUCAGCCAGUACUCGGACUAUUUCCUCUUAGCCCAGCCGAACAAAGCGUGCCUGCGCCGGCCGGCGAACCAGACCGGCGGCCCCUCGUCGAUGCACGGACCGACGGAUAUCAACACGGUCCGCGGCGCGGAGAACGCGGAGUGUAGCGCCUGCAGUGAGUGGAAGUUCGAGCUCGAAACGGGACUCGAGCGGAACGUGGUCACGCAGUGGAGCCUGGUGUGCGAUUCGGGAUGGAAGGUCCACAUUGCAAAGUUCUCCCUUUUGGUGGGAUCCAUCUUUGGAUUCCUGGUCUUCGGAGCCCUGGCUGACUGGUUUGGCCGCCACCCCGUGCUGAUCGUCUCUGUGCUGUUCAUGUUGGUGUUCAGUCUGGCUGUGACUUUCUCCGUCAACGUCACCAUGUUCAGCACCCUUCGCUUCUUUGAGGGCUUCUGCUUGGCAGGGAUCACUCUUUCCCUCUAUGUUCUGAGGAUUGAGAUGUGUCUGCCAGAAUGGCGGUUCUCCAUGACCAUGGUGGCCACUUUUGUGGUGGUGACUGGCCAGCUGCUGAUGCCACUGCUGGCCCACCUCUCUCGCGACUGGCAGAUCCUCCAGGCUAUCAUCAUCUGCCCCCUGCUGCUGAUGUUCUCCUACAUCUGGAUCUUCCCCGAGUCGCUGCGGUGGCUGCUGGCAACACAGCAGUACUGCCGCUCCAAGUGGCUCAUGGGAUACAUCGUGAAGAAGAACCAAGUGAACACGGACCUGGACGCAGAUAACAUCCUCACAGAACUUCAGCGAUCCCUCCAGAAGAAACCUAAGAAGAUGUGCAUUGUGAAGCUGGUGGGGACGAGGAACCUGUGGAAAAACAUCGUGGUCCUCUGCGUCAAUUCGCUGACAGGCUAUGGGAUCCACCACUGCUUUGCCCGCAGCAUGAUGAAUGCUGAGGAUCAGGAUAUCACCCUGUUCAAAAACUUCUUUGCUGACUAUUACACCAUGGCAAGCAUCACUGUGGUUUCCUGCAUGGCGCUGUGCCCCGCCGUGACCAUGCUGGGGCGGCGGGGGGGACUUCUCAUGUUCAUGAUCAUCACGGCCCUGGCAUCGCUGCUGCAGCUUGGCCUGCUCGAAUUGCUGGACAAAUACAGCGACGACUUGAACAUAGAGCACUCGGAUGUGCUGAAUCAAGACUUCUCCAUAGCCUUUUCCAUCAUUGGCAUGUUCUCCUCCCACGCAGUCAGCAACUUGAGCAUCUUCUUCUGCGCCGAGAUCACGCCCACCGUCAUCAGGGGUGGCGGUGUGGGUCUCGUCCUGGCCAGCGCUGGUUUCGGGAUGCUGACCGCCCCCAUUAUGGAGCUCCACAACCAGAAGGGCUACUUCCUUCACCACAUCAUCUUCGCCUGCUGCACCCUCAUCUGCAUCAUCUGCAUUCUUCUGCUGCCCGAGACGGACUAUCAGCCCCUCCCCGAGACCCUGGCCGACGGCGAGAUCUACACUCGCCAGCACCUGCUCCCCUCUAGGAAACCGGGCGAACAGCGCCUCUUGCUGGCGCAGCCCGAGAGCAGCAGGGACUACACCAGAGUGCACGACACGCCACUUCACGAGGCGGCUGCCGCCGCAGCGUCCACCAUGGACUCCACGGCCUCCUCGGCGGUUGAUCUCACCGCCCCGACGGUCAUCGAUGUAUCGGUCCCCGGCAAUGCUGAGCUGGGGGACCCCAACGGUCACUCGACGUCGCCCUCGGCCAUCACGCCUGUCACAGCCCUGGUGGAAGACUGCGUCACACUCGCCGAUGGAGAACACCCGUCUUCCACUCCUCUACGCCAGGCUGUGUGCGCCACGGACCCUGUGUUGGUCAGUGCGGAGGGACCCGCGUCACUGCUGGUGGAUGCUGCCGAGCCCUCCAGCGAUUCUGCCGCUCAGCCGAGCGGAGAUAUCGCCCUCUCUCACGCACGAGACUCCCGCGCUGCCCCUGCUGCCAAAGCUAUUGAAAUGCAGCCCGUGUCUACAUCAGACUCUUCUUCUUCUUCUUCUUCUUCUUCUCUCUUUGAAUCUGUGCCCAUGUCGACAUUGGUUUGCACAGCGGUUGUCACCGAACCGCCGCCCGGCUCCUCCUCGGGGUCGCCCACGCCGCUGGUCGGUGGCACCGCCCAAAGUUUGGACUCGGCCACUCUGCCUUCGCAAGAGGUCACUUGUCACCCGUUAGCGGACCCCCCCGUUCCACUUGUGUGUGACCGUGACCAUCCCUCUCGCACCCCCUCCCCUAUUCCUCUCAAGGACACUGCGGCCCCCCUACCCGCGGUAGACUGCAACAUUUCCACAGACAGCGACUCCUCCAGUUGCGCGGACUCGGGCGGUUUUAGUCAAAUAGACUCCCCGUCUGUAGGUGGAGUUACAUCUACGCCCUGCAACCCUUUACCUCCCUCUCCCAAGAGAGACUCGCCCGCACCACCACCACCACUGUUGGACUCUACCUCUUCAUGUUUGAAUGACUUUGUUCCCACUUCCCCUGUCCAGUUGACUAUUGACCCCUCACCCCCUCCUUCUCCACCCGUUGACUCAGGUCACGCGUCCACACUGGAGUCCUCCGUUCACCUCACGGACCUAGACACUGUUCACGCCCCAAAACCAUCUUCCACCAUCCUCCCCGUCACGGAAAUCGUUCAUACCUCCACUCCAGAAUCCAUCGUUUCGGAUACCACGGACGCUGUUCACCCCCCUUCAGAGCCGGCUGUGUCGUUCGUCACCGACUCGGGGGCAGACGUGGAGAUGGACCCCCCCCCAGCAACCGACUGCACCGUCCCCUCCCCUGUAGACUCCGUUGUCCUUCUCAUGACGGACUGUACCAGCACAGAAAGUGACACCGUCAACGGAGAGACAUCCUCCUGAUCCAGUGGCGCACAAGCGGGAUGGGGAAACAUGGUUUUUACACCCGUGCAUGUUAACCUGGAGACGUUUGGUUGUGGUUAUAUGAUGGAAACUUCUUCUCUGCUGAGUCACUGGAUAUCACCAGCCUAUAAAAAAAAAAAAAUACUUGCAUAGAAAAAGUUGCGUUAAAAAAAAAAAAAAAAAAAAAAACUUGCAUAAAAAUAAAGUUUGGAAAAAAAAAAAAAAUCUGUUGGUCAUUUUAAAAUAAGUCGAAGAACACAAUCUCUGC